AUGAACAAAGAAAAAACAAGUAUUAAUGUUGUAGUUAUUGGUCAUGUUGACUCGGGAAAAUCAACAACAUGCGGUCAUUUGAUUUACAAAUGCGGUGGCAUUGAUCGACAAGUGUUCGAAAAACUUGAAAACGAAGUUACCGAAGUCGCCAGUAAUUCACGUAAAUAUGCAUGGGUUAUGAACAAACUAAAAGCAUCUCGAGAACGUGAUACAACAAUCGAUAUUUCAUUUGCUCAAUUUGAAACCAGUAAAUAUGCUAUAACUAUUAUCGACACGCCAGGUCAUCGUGAUUUUACUAAAAAUACGAUUAUUGGUUUUUCACAGGCUGAUUGUGCAGUAUUAGUUGUCCCAGCUUGGCCUGGUGGAUUUGAAAGUGGUAUAUCAAAACAAGGUCAAACUCGUGAACAUUCUCUAUUAGCAUUUGCAUUAGGUGUGAAACAGAUGAUUGUUGUUGUUACUGCAAUGGAUUCAACUGAAUCGCCAUAUUCUGAAAAACGUUUUGAUGAAAUUAAAGAUGAAAUAUCAUCCUAUAUUAAAAAAGUUGGCUAUCAAUCGCAAACUGUUGCUUUUGUUCCUAUUUCUGGAUUGUAUGGUGAUAAUCUGGUUGAAGCAUCAAAAAAUAUGUUAUGGUAUAAAGGUUGGUCAGUUGAACGUAAAGAAGGAAAUGCAAGUGGUAAGACUUUACUCGAAGCUCUUGAUGCUAUUAUUCCUCCAGAACGUUCAACAAAUAAACCACUUCGAAUACCAAUUAAAGAUGUUUAUAAAAUUGGUGGUAUUGGAACAGUACUUGUUGGUCGAGUAGAAACAGGUAUACUCAAACCAAAUAUGAUCGUUAAUUUUGCACCAGGAAAUUUAACUGGAGAAGUUCGAUCAAUUGAAAUGCAUCAUGACAACCUUGACGAAGCGGGACCUGGUUGUAAUGUCGGUUUUAAUGUUCGAGGUGUUAGUGUUAAAGAACUCCGACGUGGAUGUGUUUGUUCCGAUUCAAGAAAUGAUCCAGCAUUAGAAACAGCAAGUUUCACUGCUCAAGUAGUUGUACUUAAUCAUUCUGGUGAAAUUAGGCCAGGUUAUUCACCAGUUGUUCAUUGUCAUACAGCUCGUGUAGCUUGUAGAUUUUCUGAAUUAAUUUCUAAAGUUGAUCGUCGAACAGGUCGAGUUAUUGAAGAAAAUCCACAAUAUAUAAAAAAUGGUGAAGCAGCUAUGGUUAAAAUGAUUCCAACAAAUCCCAUGUGUGUUGAAAAAUUUGGUGAUUAUCCACUAUUAGGUCGCUUUUCUGUUCGUGAUAUGUGUCAAACAGUAGCUGUGGGUGUUAUUAAAGAAGUUGAAAAGAAACCACUUUCAUUAUACGAAGCGUUCAAAUGA